AUGACUUCUCGGAUGUCUUCUUCGAAAAGCUCUCCUGCCCCUCCUUCAGAGUUGACACAAAAUUCAGAAGAAGAGAAUGAAAGGAAAAACACAAACAGAAACGAACCCAUUGAUAUAUCCAAUUAUCUCAACGGUCAAAAUGUAAGCGGGAAAAACUUGCCGAUCGCUUCUCUCGAAGCUUUGGUGAACGAAGGUGUCCUUUCUGACGAGCUUUCUGUUGUCGCUUAUGACAUGUCUUUUGAAGACGACAUGUUUCGACACCCACAACUCGUCGAUCACACAACUUUUGAUCAGCUAUUAGAAAUGGAUGAUGAUGAUCAACACGAGUUUAGCAAAAGUAUCGUGUUCAAUUACUUUGAACAAGCUGAGACGACCAUUAAAGAAUUACAAGAGGCACUAAAGCAGAAAGAUCUGAAAAAAUUGUCUUCUUUGGGUCACUUUUUAAAAGGCUCCUCUGCAGCAUUGGGUCUGACAGAGAUGAAAAAGGCUUGCGAGCGCAUUCAAAAUUAUGGUGCCCUUCGGAGUAGAGACGGUGCACUUACUCUGCCGACUGAAGAGAUAGCACUAGAUUUUAUUGCCAAAACUUUAAAUGCCGUUGAGGAUUUUUACAAAGAUGUCCAUUCUUACUUGCUCAAAUUUUACCAGGAUAUUAUCCAUUAA